AUGAGCGGUAACCCAAUCGUGCAAUACGUCGUGGUGCGCGGGGACCUGUUGACCCAGCUCAAGUGGCCCGUGGGGGCUGUGUUGGCCCAGGCGUGUCACGCGGUCACUGCGGUCACACACCUUUUCUAUCAGGACGAACACACACAACAAUACCUGGCGGACCUAGACAACAUGCACAAAAUAGUGCUCGAGGCCCCUGACGAAAAGGCUCUGAAAGAUCUAGCCACCAAAUUGGAGGCAGCUCAAGUGGCACACAAGCUUUGGAUUGAGCAACCCGAAAACUACCCUACCUGCUUGGCAACUAAGCCGGCCCCAAAGCAAACUAUUCAAGCGUAUUUUAAGAAAUUCAAGUUGUUUAAAGGUACCGGCUAAUAAUCUGUAUUUUUUCUAAUUAAUAAAUCAAAUUUUCUCAAAACACAA